GGAAGUUACAAUGUCGCGAGCGGCGGGGAUCCUGGCGCGGGCGUAGAGGGGGGGAUAUCCGCUGGCCGAAGCGCGGCGUGGGGCGGGGGGAGCGCGCCGAGGUUCCUUCUGCUCUGGCGGAGCAGCGGGGGCUGCCCUCAUUUUUCUCCUCAGUGGAAAGAGGGCGGCGGCGGCGGCGGGGAAGGUGCAUGCGCGUGGCUGGCUGAGAGAGGAAGAAAUAAGGCAGCCAGCGAGCUAUGGCGUCUCUGAAGAGAGGCGACUUGAGCGAGGAGGAAAAGGAGUUGCUGGGAGUGAUUGGGAAAGGUAAGGCGGACAAGGGAAGUCUGGCUCCAGGCCAAGCCGAGAGGCGGAGUGACGCGUGUCGGCUGCAUUUGAGUCUAUGCGACCGGGCCUUGCGCGUCGGGCCCGUGCUAAUGCGCAAGGAGGUUGCUUCUGGAAGGGGCUUUCCCCCUAGGUUUUUGCUUCCUCGCCGCCUCUCCUGUGCUUUGACUGGGCGCUGCUCCCUGCGACUGUUGCACGCCGCCUGCUUUUUUCUCAGAUCGUGCAUAUUUUCAUGCAAAAUAAGCAAUAAUAAUAAUAAUAAAAGUCUUCUGAAGACUUGCAAUGAGAAAUUUUCUCGCUUUCUAUAUUUAUUUAACUUUUGAGUCAUUCUGUAAUGAGUGUAGUUAGAAUUGGGAAACGUAUAAAUGGCAAUGAUAUAAAGGUUAAUUCUGAAAGCCAUGAGGUGGGAGGGAAGGAAGUCGAUAGGCUCUAAGAGCCAGGGCAGGAUAGUGGAUAAAGAUGAUGGGAAUGUUGUAUACUGUAAUAUUAAAUGGAAUAUAUAAUAUAUAUAUAUAUAUAUAUAAUUUAUCUAUACCCCACCCAUCUGGCUGGGUUUCUCCAGCCACUCUGGGUGGCUUCCAAAAGAACACUGAAAACAUGAUAAAUGAUGAAACGUUUAAAAACUUCCCUAAACAGGGCUUCAGUAAUGAGACAAGGCACUCUGUUUCUUUUUAUCCCAUUUACCCCUUCUUCCAAGGAGUUCAUAUGAUUCAACAUGUUUCUUUCUUCUGAUCUCACCCUCCCCCCUCCCCACCCCGUUUUAUUUUCACAACCAACCUGCAAGGUAGGGCUAGGGAGACGAACUGGGCCGAGGUGCAAACCUGAAUAAAAUAUUGGAGGGUCCAGGUAAGCUCCACAUGAUCAGUCAUAAGACAUGGCAUGCACACAACAUUUGAAUGGCAAUGCCCAUGGGGGGGCAGCCUCCUCAAAUGUUUUAUUGGGGGGGGCAAAGGGACUUUGGCCCUUACGAGUUGGCUCCUAUGGCCUGGGUCAAGGUCAUCCGGUGAGUCUCAUGUCUGAGUAAAUAUUUGAAUGAGCUCUACCUACAUACCACACAUUUCUAGCACACACCUACCCAAGAAUCUUGUGAACUGGAGUUUACGGGUAUUGGAAAUUAUAACUUGGGGGGGGUGCUUUAAAUUCACAGUGUGUACUCAAUAGUUGCAUUCAAGGAAAGUCUCGCUGUGGAUUGCAGAGAGGCGUAAGGCAGACUGCAGUGACCCGUGUAAAAAUCAACACUUUGCUAGCUGUCAUAUGAUUCCAGAGGUAUGGCAGACCUUGUCAGCGGCUGCUCCUAAGCAGCACUUUUGUUGCAGCAGCAACAGCAGGACAUGGAAAGUUUCCCUUCCUUUGCUGGAAUACAUGCUUCUUCUAUAAAAGAGUGUUAAAUGGCGGAUGGAGGAAAUAUGCCUUUCAGAUUACCCCCUUAUUUCGGAGGUGGUUGUUUUGUUUACUAAUGGGUGAGGUGUUGGCACCAAAACUUUCGAGUUGUUGGCAGGUUGUUGUUUCCUUUGGAUGUAAUCUUUGUAUUGUAAAGGUCAUGUGGCUUCAGAGCCCGUUAUCAUAACUAACUUAGCGUGAGAGCCACCACUCAUGCCACCUGCAAGUUGCUGGUAUUGGGGAUGGAGGCAGCCACAUGAUGCACACAAAACUGCAUGUGCUAGACUUAGUUGAAUGCUACUUUAUUCAGUCAUAGUGCUUUAUCUAUUCAUGGAAAUAAUGCCUUGCCUUUUUGCAAUGCUUCUUGAAUGUCAGCUGCUGGGAAUCACUAGCAGGGGAACAAUGUAAUGUGUUCUUUUCUACGUACGGAAGUAGCUACUGAGAUUCUUUACACACAGCGCUAGUCAAACUGUGGCUUAGCAUGGAAAAGAGGGUUCCCAGAGCAGAGAUUUCAGCCAUUGCAUUUUGCAAACUGCAACCAUGUUUUGUUUUUGGUUUCACAAGUCAUGGUUUGUCUGGAGUGGGACAAACCACAAACCCAUGGUUGGAUGGCAUACUAAACUAAAUCAUGGCUUAGCUCAUGGCAGCAGGGCAGCAGCAGGACCAGAGGACAAGCAAAGUAGCACCAUCGUCAUCAUCAUCAUCAUCAUCAUCAUUAUUAUAAAUUUCCAUUCUACCCUUCAUCUGAGGCUCACAGGAUGGUUUACUAUAAACACAUAAAUACCUAACAUAGUAAACAAACAAAAACAUUACACCCUAAUAACCUCUCCAAGAACCCACACAUUUACACUAAGCCAGGCAUAGGCAAACUCUGCCCUCCAGAUGUUUUGGGACUACAUUUCCCAUCAUCACUGAGCACUGGUCCUGUUAGCUAGGGAUCAUGAGAGUUGUAGUCCCAAAACAUCUGGAGGGCCGAGUUUGCCUGUGCCUUCACUAAGCCAUACUUUAGCUUAGCAUUGCAUGUGAAUAGAAUAAAUGUUUGUUUUUGUUUAUUAUUUAUUCAUUAAAUCUCCAUACCGCACUUCAUUUGAGGAUCACAGGGCAGUUUACAAUAUAAAAACACAAAAAAAUCAUGACGUAGUAACAAACAAAAACAAUAACCCCCGUUCUGAAAAUAAUUUUACAAAAGUGUCGUUUUAGGGGCAGUAAGCCAUACAACGUUGUUACAAUAUGUGUGGUAGGGCAAAUGUUUGACAGGUGCCUCAUACUUUAUCAUGGCAGAAUUUUAUGAUUCCAUGAUUCGGAGUGAGGAGUUCAGGCUGAAAUCCUCAUUCAGCCCUGAGAUUUACUGGAUGGGCUUGGGUCAGUCAUGAUUUCUCAGCCUAGCCUGUCUCACAAGGUAAUAAGGGGAGGAAGAGAUAAGAGCUACAUAGUUACCAUGGUCUUAUUGGAGGAAGCAUGGGAUACAAAUGUAACGAAUUAUUAGAUUCACUGUAUUGAUUUUCUGUUUAACAGUAGACUUCACAAACUCUUCCUCUCCCUUAGGAAGCCCUGAAGAAGCUGCACGACUGCUUGGCAGCAAGAAUGUCCGUGUGAAUUGUUUGGAUGAGGUAAAAGACUUGACUCAAAAUAUGUGUCUAGAUUGGGUAGAGUCAAAUUAAAGAAACAUUGGGAAUUCAAAGGCUGGCAGAUUUCUAUAAGCAAAAUAAUACUUAUCAAGGAAACCUGUUUAACAUACUGCAAUCAGAAAGUAUCCCUUGAGUAUACUGGAAAAUGAUUACGUUCAAGCAAGUAUUCAGUAUUCCCUGCUAAAAAUGAACUAGUUUAACAUGCCUGAACAGAGGUAUAAUAUGCAGAUUUUUUUGGACCUGAAAUAUCCUCUUUAAUUUUUCAAAGUAAGCUAAUGCUUUUUUAAAAAAUAAGAAAUCCUCUAUUUCUGAUAGAAAAGUGACCUGAACUUUUGUUAAUGUCAGAUUUAUUUAUCAUCUUCUGAGAUUACAUUUCUGAAACCUCAACUUUCCCAAGGCCUUAUGAUGGAUUGAGGAGUGAAAGCAACAUAUUACAUAACUGAAUAUUUCACAAACAUAGUGGGCUGUAAUAAAAAUGUAGUUGCAAUUGGCUGUUUCUGUUAGACUUUUUUUUGCAGGCGGGAGUGGGUCAGAGGUGAGUCUAUCAAAAGUGUUACUGUGGGGAAAAGCGUACAGCAUAUUUUUGGAUCAACUUCCUCAUGGGAAUAUGUACCAUAACACAUUUUGUUCUUUUGCAACUAACUUCUCGCAAACUGGCCAGAAUCCAGUGCAGAGUCAAUGGGUUAAGUCUGCCUCAUAUCAUGCUGGAUUUUGACUGUAGGUUUUUGAUUUUAUUUGAUUUUUUAGUGAAAUAGUUCAUCUUGGCAGGAGCUGUUCAGCUGUAGAAUUGUCCUAGGAAAGUGUUUCCCAUAUCAUCCAGAAAACCUGCUUCAUCACUACUUAAUGCAGUACAGUGGUACCUUGCGUUACAUACGCUUCAGGUUACAGACUCCGCUAACCCAGAAAUAGUACCUCAGGUUAAGAACUUUGCUUCAAGAUGAGAACAGCAAUCGCGUGGCGGUGGUGCAGCGGCAGUGGGAGGCCCCAUUAGCUAAAGUGGUGCUUCAGGUUAAGAACAGUUUCAGGUUAAGAACGGACCUCUGGAACGAAUUAAGUACAUAACCAGAGGUACCACUGUGCCUGGAAAAAAAGUAUUCAGUUUCAUAACCAGACAAGUUCCACAGUGAGCCCCUUGUGGAAUAUCCUUUCUCUAGUAUAGAGGGAAAUACUCUGCAAAGCUGCUGGUCUGUUUAAUAUGCAGUGGGAAAUGUUGCCCUGUUGGGAGGGGGCGCAGUGUAUCUAAUGUACUGGAAGUAGAAGAAGAAGAAGAAGAGUUUGGAUUUGAUAUCCCGCUUUAUCACUACCCGAAGGAGUCUCAAAGCGGCUAACAUUCUCCUUUCCCUUCCUCCCCCACAACAAACACUCUGUGAGGUGAGUGGGGCUGAGAGACUUCAAAGAAGUGUGACUAGCCCAAGGUCACCCAGCAGCUGCAUGUGAAGGAGUGGAGACGCGAACCCGGUUCCCCAGAUUACAAAUCUACCGCUCUUAACCACUACACCAAACUGGCUCUCAAUUGCUGGGGCAAUUGCUGCAUUUGAUCACUGUAACUUUGUCAUGGGAUGAGGCAUGUGGAUCCAUUCUGGAUUCAAAAUUGAAUGUCCUUCAGAUGAAUCGUUUUUAUACAGAAAAGGACCAUAGGAAUGUUUCUAAAGACAUAAAUGAGAAAAAUAAGAGCUGCUUUUUAAUGCGUGAGGGAGAGCAUUAUUCAAGAAAGGCCUUUAAAACUUACAUUUUUCUAUUUAUUGCCUUGCCUUAAGAGAAUUUUGGUGAUCUCAUUAUACGCCUUGCCUCUAUUUGCUUGUAUUCAUUCAGUGCUUCAUACUUUCCCUGCACUUCUGUUGUCAUCCCACCCCCACCCCCUAUAUGUUGCUUUGUGAAGGCUUGGCCCCAAAAACAACUAUUAAAUAACUGCAGUGAAUGAAUAGGAGAUGUUGAACAGAUCUGGAUUCAUUUAGUUGUUUCCAUAUAAAUCGGUGGGAUUUCUGACUAUCUUGUCCCACUGUUUUCAAUGGGAUCUUGUAAACCCCAUUUAUCAGGCCCCUUCCUCCAUCAACUACCACUGGACAGCAGCCAUUCCAUCAGGCUCCAGCAGGGGGAGGGAUGGGAAGGAGGCCACUCCCAUCAGCUCUGCUGAGAGACCAUUUGGUUCUCUCUCUGAACUGUUUCCAUUCCUGGUGAUCUUUAUAACUACUACUAUGACUCUUUAAGAACUGUUGCCCAAGUUAGCUUGUUCUCAUCUUCUUUAUCCCCUUUUCCUCUUUUGUGUCAUGUUGUUUUCAUACAACUAUAGAGUUGAAGUGGGACGCUGUGGUCUAAACUACAGAGCCUUGAGCUUGCCGAUCAGAAGGUCGGCGGUUUGAAUACCCACAAUGGGGUGAGCUCCAUUUGUUCGGUCCCAGCUCUUGCCAACCUAGCAGUUCGAAAGCACAUCAAAGUGCAAGUAGAUAAAUAGAUACCGCACAAGUGGGAAGGUAAACGGUGUUUCCGUGCGCUGCUGUGGUUCGCCAGAAGCGACUUAGUCAUGCUGGCCACAUGACCCGGAAGCUGUACGCCGGCUCCCUCGGCCAAUAAAGUGAGAUGAGCGUCGCAACCCCAGAGUCGUCUGCGACUGGACCUAAUGGUCAGGGGUCCCUUUACCCUUUACCCUUACAGGGACGUGGGUAGCGCUGUGGGUUAAACCACAGAGUCUAGGGCUUGCUGAUCAGAAGGUCGGUGGUUCGAAUCCCCUCAACGGGGUGAGCUCCCGUUGCUCGGUCCCUGCUCCUGCCAACCUAGCAGUUCAAAAGCACAUCAAAGUGCAAGUAGAUGAAUAGGUACCGCUCCGGCGGGAAGGUGAACAGUGUUUCCGUGCGCUGUUCUCAUUCGCCAGAAGCGGCUUAGUCAUGCUGGCCACAUGACUCGGAAGCUGUACGCCAGCUCCCUCGGCCAAUAAAGCGAGAUGAGCGCCGCAACCCCAGAGUCGGCCACGACUGGACCUAAUGGUCAGGGGUCCCUUUACCUUCAUUGAGUUGAAAGGGACCCCCAAGGGUCAUCUAGUCCAAUCCCCUGCAAUGCAGGAAUCUCAACUAAAGCAUCCGUGACAAAUAGCCAUCCAACCUCUGCUUUAAAACCUCCGAGGAAGGAGCGUCCACAACUCAGGGAGCCUGUUCCACUGUCAAACAUCUCUUACGGUCAGAAAGUUUUUUUCCUGAUGUUUACUUGGAAUCCCCUUUCUUAUAACUUAAAGUCCUUGCUUCGAAUUCUACCCUCUGUAGCAGGAUAAAACAAGCUUGUUCCCUCUUCCAUGUGACUUUUGAUUGCAAGUCUGACGGCAGGGACGGUUUUAUUCCUAUUCAUCUGAAUCCAUCUCACUAUAUUUACAUAACAUGAUAAGGCACUCACUUUGUGGUUUCUUCAUAUUGGUUGUCCACAUGUUGUUUGUAUAGCAUCAUGUUCCGUCUUCCAGUUACUUGGCUUUUUCCUCCACUUCUGAGAUUAUUUUUCAAAUGUCUUCCAGAAGUGCUGUAUAAUGUGUGAGUUGGCUCUCCUAUAUAGCUCUGAGGCCAGGUGGUUAUCUUUUUUUUUUAAUCCUCAUUAUCAAUUCGUAGGGAGCAGAUUAAGGCAGGGAAAAGGGCACCACUCUAGAGUUGGCUUCCUGUACAGGUGGUCUAUACAAAUACCUCAUUGAUCCUUAAUGCACAAAAUUUCAUCCCACUGCUUGGAAUAUAUCUUCAGCAUGCGGAAGACUCACGUGUAUAAUUUGAACAAGUCUCCCUGCAUUUAAGCAUUUUAAUCUCUUUAGAAAAGAACACAAAGCAAAGGGAGCUGCUGGAAAUGAGAAACAAUGGAAGCAGAGGUCCUAAAUGCCAUUGUUCAUUUCUGGCUUAACAAAUGUAUGAUUCAUAACAGAGAGUGUGUGUGAACUGCUGCUUAAAAUGACAGGUUUUUCACCAGUGCCUGCAGCUAAAGAAACUACCCAAAACUGGUAAUGAUCCAUCUCUCCCACAUGGCUUCCCAAAUAUAAAACUUGCCUAUUAUAUAAAUUGCCAUACUGCAAACUCAAAUAUAAAGAGGUCCUUUGCAGGUCUCCCUGCUUGCAGCUGUUACUCUCCUCAGAGAAUUGUGUGGUUUCCCACCAAAUUAGACAUGUUGUUAAUUGUGUGAAAGCAACUGAUGUGCACAUUUUUGGAAAAAAAACAAAUCUUACUAAUACUUUUAUUAAUACUUCAGAUUAUUAUUAGAAUAGUUGCCUAGGAAUUAAAAGCUUAAACACUUCAGUGUUCAUUCUACUCCCCCCCCUUUUUAAAAAUCUAAAUAAAUAUUUAUUAUUGAUGCUUUGCAACUUAAUUGCUCCUAUCUCCAGUACAAGUAAGGGGGCUCUAUUAUUCGCUGAUACACCAAGUCAUACUAGCUACUCCAAAAGCAAAACUGAAAAGCUUUUCAUUAAUAUAGUCAUUAGUAUAAUCUUCAUAAGUAUUGAUGGGUGUGCGGGGUGGGGAAGAACUGCAGUUGCCCACAUAGAAAGGCAUGCAAUGGUAGCUGAAGUUUCCUUCUCAUUAGUAGCUUACACUGAAGCUGAAUGUGUACAAAGGUACCCUCUGCUAAAUUGGAGACGUAGUUGGUUUUCUAAAAGCUGGAUUUUGUUGAAAGAAUAUAUAGUUAAAGAGUAUUCAAAUGCAGCAAAGUGAACAUCAAAAAGGCUAUACCAUGGGUAGGCAAACUAAGGCCUGGGGGCCGGAUCCGGCCCAAUCGCCUUCUAAAUCCAGCCCACAGAUGGUCCAGGAAUCAGCGUGUUUUUACAUGAGUAGAAUGUGUCCUUUGAUUUAAAAUGCAUCUCUGGGUUAUUUGUGGAGCAUAGGAAUUUGUUUCCCCCCCCCUUCAAAAUAUAGUCCGGCCCCCCACAAAGUCUGAGGGACAGUGAACCGGCCCCCUGCCAAAAAAGUUUUCUGACCCCUGGGCUAUACUGUAUUUGGAGUGCUAUCUUUUCAUUUUAGAAGCGUAGCUUGCUUGUGUUUAAAUUCUACUGGAGAAGAACGAACAGAUAUAUUUGAAGGUCCUCUAUUUAUUUUUUCUUUCCAUAGCAUGGCAUGACUCCUCUGAUGCAUGCGGCAUACAAAGGGAAAGUUGAGGUGUGCAAACUGUUGUUGCGGCAUGGGGCUGAUGUUAACUGCAACGAACAUGAACACGGAUAUACGGCUCUGAUGUUUGCUGGGCUCUCAGGUAUCUAUGAGGUUUCCCCCGUUGUUAAUUACAUCUGCUUCUUGGUGCAGAUAAAGGAAUCCUUCGUGUCUUUGUGUAGGCAGAUUUUUUAUCUUUUGUUAAAGGAUGAUGUGUUAGAGGUAAGGUCUACCUCUACUUUAUAGGCAAGAUUGCUAUUCUUUUCUUAACCAAAUACUGUUUUUAUUGUAAGCCACUGAUAGUCUUUUACUGGAAAAUUGGGAUAGAAUUAAUAGCUAAUCAGACAACUCUGAGGACCCAGCUUUGCUCUUGGAUAUCUUUCACCCUCUGGACCUCUCAUGGAGGAGGCACUUAAAGAAGGGCCUCAGAUGAUGAUUGCAGGGUCAGUUCAUAUGGGGAGAGGCGGUCCUUGAGCCAUUUAAGGUGUUACAGGUAUAGCAGAGUACAGUAUUUAUGUUGUGUGUGCAUAUUAAUUGUCAGGGUUUUUCUUUGUUCUUUAAACCAAUAAAAUCAAACAUCAGCCAUCCAGGUGUUGUUCUUGGGCUUAGCUGGAAUAUACCCUUAAAGGGUAACAUCUUUAUUUUAAAAAAUAUGGUUUAGAUUUCAGGGUCUAUUAAAUAUAUGUGUCUCUCUCUAGCAAAAGGUAGAAGCAUGAAUAGCAAACAAUAUUUGUGAAUGCAUAUAUCAGAUUGUGGGAGUAAGAAGGCCUCUCUGAGGGGAAAGAGGUGGUGAAAGCGUUGAAGGAAUAAGAACGUGAAAGGAAAUGCCAAUAGGAAUUAUUAAAAUAACAUGAGGGAAAGGAAGGAAGGAGAUAAGAGAGGAAAGUCGAUAUGGGAGGAAGAAGUGAAUGUGAAAGGACCAUGGAGGAGGAGAGGAAAGAAACUGGUGGUUUUCUCUUGGGGUGCGGAAUACAGUAAAAGAAAUUACAGGAUAUGUGCAAAAAGUAGUUUGAGAGGCAUCAGUACCCACUGAAAUAUAAAAUAAUGUGCUCUUCACCUAGAACCUCUGGGUUAGAAAAUUCUGCCUAAAAUCAGGAGGCUGAGUCAUAAUACUUCCAGAGCACAUAUAUGAACUUAGCUCAUGGAAAGCUAAGCUAUGGAACUCCCUACUGCAAAAAAAUUAGCAAUUUCCAAAGAUGGAUUAGAUGACAGCAGAAAGUGAUGCCACUGGGGAAGGCUAGUGCAGCCAUCAGGCCUUGGUGCAGAAUCUAUUCAUACUGGCAAGACAGAGGGUUGGGUGAAACCUUGAGAAAGCAAAUGGCAUCUUCAUUUCCAGCUACUGGGGAUGAAUAAGGACUGUAGCUCUGUGGAAAAGCACCUUCUUCACUUGCAGAAAGACCCAGGCUCAAUCUGUGGUGUUUCCAGAUAGGGCUGAGAAAGACCUGUGUCUGGAAACUUGGAAGAGCUGCUGCCAGUCAGUGUAGACAGUAUUCAUCUCAGCCAGAUGAAGCACUUGUCUGACUCGGUAUAAAGCAGCUCCCCAUUUUCUAAAUGUUUACUGGCGGCAGCAGUAGCAACAGCCUUAAACUGCAGAUUUACAAGGGACGAAAUGUUUAAUGUCUUGUAGGGGGGCGACUGUCAUGGUAUUGCCAGAGAAUGAAGGGGAGGAGCAGAGACAGGCAGAGGAAGGGGGGCAGGAAGUGGCGAUUGAGGAAAGAGGAGGAAGCCAGGAGGCGGAACGGCUCACAGAUGUUGAACCAGAGCCUCAACACCGCACAGGAAGUUCUGGCACAGACAGUGAAACAAUGCCUAUUCCAUCUGCCAAAGAAAGGAGAGUGUUAAAGAGGAGGGGACAGAGACAUCACAUGAAAAUUCCACGCCUUUUCUGUUGGAGAAGGGGCGGGCAUAAGUCACUCCCAGAAUCUGAGCCGGAGGAUUCGGAUGCAUGAUUGUAAUGUGCUGCUUGUACAUAUGUAAAAUAAAGACUGUAUAUAUGUAUCUCUGACUAGCAGAGGCAUUUUUUGCGAAGAGCAUUCACAAGCCAUUACAGCGACCCACCAAAAAAACCUUGUAUGGCUGAAACUUUUAUACAGACUCAUUAUGAGAAAUCUAAAUGAAAGGUGUUCUCUUCUGUGUUUAGGCAACAAGGAAAUUACGUGGAUGAUGUUGGAGGCUGGAGCAGAUACAGAUGUCGUGAACUCAGUGGGAAGGACAGCAGCACAGAUGGCUGCCUUUGUGGGUAAAUGGAGCGGCCAUUUUGAAUUAUCCUUCAUGAAGUCCAGGGUGGGAAACCUGUGACCUUCCAAUUGUUGCUGGACUUUGACUCCAUCAUCCCUGACUAUUGGCCGUGCUGCCUGGGGCAGAUGAAAGAUACAGCCCAACAACAAGUGGAGUGCUGCAGGUUCCUCACCCCUCCAUUAAGGCUCUGAGAAGAUGGAGAUUGAUUUGACUUAAUGUUUAUUGGCAACGGGGUGUUCAGUACCAGGUUCUUAACUAGGGGAAGACAUUUAAAAAAUAUUCGUUGGGUGAUUGCUGCUUUUCUCAAAUUGCUCUCUAACAUUAGUUGGCAGCAGGAGGGGGGAAUUUUGAAUUCAUAAUUAGGAAAGAAAUCUGCUCUAUUUCAAACUCAACCAUCUGAUUUUUGGUAAAAAUCUGAGUCCAGCUCAAAAAUGGGUUUAGCUCCAUUUGUGGCCAGCCUUCCCUGUCAUUCCCCUUGCUGACUUCCUCCUUUGAGAAGGAAGAUUUUAACUAGCAGCAGGGAGGAGUUUGCUAGACAGGAGUAGCCUCCGUGAGCUGAUAACUGUAUGUAAAUAUAUAUUUAAAUAAAUAAAUGGUGGUGCUCUUUGAGCUGUAUUUCCUUUUAAGGAUAGACUAUGAAGAAGAAGAAAAUAUUUUUGUUUGUUUUUCCUGGCAAAGGGGUUGGAAGGAUUGGUGAGGAGAGACCUUUUACCCAAUUUUUUUUUAAAAGUGUUCUAAAGUCAAGUCUUUUGAUGAUUACAUAAAAAAAAAAACCCAGACACAAAGAGGAUUGUGAGACAAGGAGACUAGUGGAUCCAGUCAAAAGACCUACCACUUUAUUGCAGGAAUCUGCUUACAACUUGGGGAAAAUUACACCCACAUAUCACAUCUACUACAUCUGAACAGUCAGUACUUAGUCAGAGAUUCAGUCACUGUAAUUGCCAGUCUGCAUUGGAAGCUUUGCAAUCAUUGUUUCUAAAAUAAAAAAAAAACCUAUUAAUGAGGCGUAAUCACUAAGCAUUCUACCGCUGGCUGAAAGGUGAGCCCGCGUCAAUCAUGCAAUCUCAUAUGAGCUGCUUUGAAAUGUCAUGUAAUGUCAUAUCUUCCAGAAUAAUUAAAUUUUUGACUGGUUAGCAGCACCAUUUUUAGAUUUAGUUCGUGCAGUCAAAUAAAACAAACCUUUAAAAGUGGGAAUAACUUUAGAACUGUUUCAUAAUGUGUCUUAAAAGCCGCUUUGCCCAUCAGAUCCUAAGUUCUCUGAAAAGGUGAGUUAGUUUAGUUCUGUAAACUUCAUAUUACAUAUACGGUAGGCCUUGAGCCUUGAAAUAUUGCCUCUGUGUGAAGCUAUUUCCAUUUAGUUCCACAGUGGUUUAUUAGUACAGUGAUACCUGGGGUUACAUAUGCUUCAGGUUACAUACGCUUCAGGUUACAGACUCUGCUAACCCAGAAAUAUUGCUUCAGGUUAAGAACUUUGCUUCAGGAUGGGAACAGAAAUUGUGCUCCAGCGGCACGGCGGCGGCAGGAGGCCCCAUUAGCUAAAGUGGUGCUUCAGGUUAAGAACAGUUUCAGGUUAAGAACAGACCUCCAGAACGAAUUAAGUACUUAACCCCUGAGGUACCACUGUAUAGUACUUCCUCUAAAUGGCGAACAACCUCUGUGAUUUGUGCUUCAUGUGUGAAGUAAUUGUUCUUCAUCUUCAUAAAAGAUGCACCGUUCUCUUUUUAGGUCAACAUGACUGUGUCACUGUUAUCAACAACUUCUUUCCUCGAGAAAGGUUGGAUUACUAUACAAAACCACAAGGACUUGACAAAGAACCCAAACUGCCAGUCAAGUUAGCUGGACCUCUGCAUAAGAUCAUUACAACUACCAAUUUGCAUCCUGUUAAGGUAGAGUGUUCAUAUUUUGGCUUAUCCUUUAGGCAUACUUGUCAAAUAACUUACAACCUUGCUGAGGUCGGUCCUCUAAGAAAAAAUAUUUGGUCUAUGGAGUUGGGUGGCAAAAUUUGGCCAGCAGCUAAUUUAUGAUUCUGAGCUUCUUCUUGAUAUUCCAUAGUCCUGGCCUGCUCAUAGGGGCUUUAGUACCUCAUUCUCAAAUGGAGAAAUAUUUAUUGUAAAAUAGUCCCCAACAUGAAACACUCAAAGGUUAGCACACUGAAGAUCAUUGUACUCAAGUAUAUACACCUUAAGACUAGCAUAGUAGUCUUCAACUUUUUGAGAUCCAGGACCUACUUUUAACCCAAACAGACAUUUGGGAGCCCAUUUCUUAAUCAUAUAUUUGUACAAUGGUAAUGUUGCUGCUAUGACCCACCUCAGAUUAGGUCACAACAUAGUAGUGUGUCCCAACACACUAGUUCAAGACCAGUGAUUAAGCAGAAGCAAGACAGCAUCUCAUAAGGACUUGCAUGCAAAAGAAGAGCUGAAAUCUACUUGUGUGACACUCAUCUCUGUUAUCAGUUUCUGUGAAACCCUGUAGUUUCAGAAAGGGCCUGAUGCUUGUAGCUGGAAGCUACAAGUGAGACUUGCAACAAAAAAUAGCUGUGUGAGUUGCUACAGUUCAGUAUUCAAACAACUCCAUUCCAUUCCCUGUCUGUAACAACUGUUGUUACAGUUGGCUUGUUUGGUCCUUGUUGGACUGUUUUGUGGGUUCCUGUGGGUUUUGUGGCUUAGGGUACUGAUCCAAAACUUGGGGGUUCCCCCCAGUCUGCUGAUACUGCCCUCCCGUACAUAGGUGUUUUUGGCUACAUAAGCAAUGCCGCUUAACACCAUGAACCUUGGAAAGGGUUAUGAUGUUCAGUUGCUUGAUCAAAGAUUCAUUCAUUUUGUAUGACUAUCACUUCCUGUAAUAAGUAUUGCAUGCAUUGUGGACACUAAAAUGGGUCAGUCAUAUUCCCAAUGUGAUCCACCUAUGGCCUGGCAAGUUUCUUAGGUAAUAUAGCUUAUUUAAGAAGAUAAAAAAGCAAGAAGUCCUGUUAAUAUGAGCACUUAAAAAUUACCUAUUGAUUCUGUUUUAAAUCAUCUAUCCAGGAAAGAUAACUCUUGUUAAUCUUUUCCUAUAGAUUGUGUUGCUUGUGAAAGAAAACCCUCUCCUAGCAGAAGUUGAAGCAAUGCAGAAAUGCUACAGAGUGCUGGAUCUGAUUUGUGAGAAGUGUAUGAAGCAGAGAGAGAUGAAUGAAGUACUGGCAAUCAAAAUGCACUACAUUAGCUGUAUUUUCCAGAAAUGCAUCCUCUUCCUUAAGGAGCGAGAGGAUAAAUUGGAUGGAUUAAUCAAAAGGUAUGAUCCCCAUCAUGAAUGACAUUUAAUGCAUGCAGAAAAGCAUUUGUGUUCAUUUCUAUCCAAGUAAAGACAGACUGCUUACCUUGAAUGUUAAAAUGAAUGGUUUGCUGCUCAGUUUCCUUCAAAUCCCCAUGCUAUCUACAGCUAGAUGAAUAUUCUCCAUAGUUAUCUACAGGUUAAGCCAUUAGUUUGAGGAAAGGGACAAAAAAAAUGCAUCUUUUGAGAUGCACACACAUCCGCCUUCUGAUAUAUAUAUAUUAAUCCUGCCCAUGAGGAAGGGAUUCUGCUCAUCUCUCCUUCAUCCUCUCUUCUUGAUCCUCCUUCCCUGGGCUCUUCUUCUGUGUCUCUUUUAUGCUAGACCAAGAUUAUUUUUUAAUCUUUGCUGAGGCCUUUUAAUCUGCUAUCGUGUUUAAAGAUCUGAGGAUGCUGCUGAUUCUUUUUAGGCUGUUCUGCUGUAACAGCAAUAAUUCAUUUUUUUAUUAUUGCAGUAGUUCACAAGAUGGACAAGAUAAUUAAGUAAAAGGUGCUAUGACCUGGUUCACAUGGCACAACAAACCAAGCAAGCUUUGGCUAUAGCUUGUGGUUAGUGAGGACACAGUGUAACCAUGAGCUCAGGUCUGGACGAUAUGCUAAGCCAAAGCUUGGUUUAGUUCCAUGCAAUGUUGUGGGAGCGAAAAGGGCUUGAGAAGAGUAAAGUGGCUACAAUUUCCUCUCAAGGUACCCACAUGUCUGUAGGGAAUCUUAGGUGAGAUACCCUGCAGUGGAAGUUGCUCUCAGUACCAGUCAUUACAUGGAAGGAGCUUAAGAUCCAGUUGGUUUAUUGUUGCAGAAGAUAAGGCCUAGUUAAACACUUCUGGGGAUAGACAUAUACAGCAGUAGGCUUUUGCAGCCAUUGAUACAUACAGUCAAAAAGUAUAUCCGUUGCUCCAAAUAAACGAGCAAUUCAAGACAUGAUACUGGAUAAGUAACACCAACAUACUGAGUAAAUGACUGAGACCCUGCUAAGCUGACUUGCAUUAAUCACAGAUAUGGUCGGGGCAUUGGGGAGUUACCAUAGCAGCUGGCUUGGCUGCCUUGCACCUGCGAUUACCUCAUCCAUGGGGUGAUUUACGGUCAUACCCAGUUACUCCAACCAUGUUCCUUUGUUCCCAGUAGCCCAUAGUUUAGCUUACCAUGUUGCAUGAAUCAGGUCUAUGUUUCAGUUGCCCUCAACUUUCGUUGUAGGGCAAGAAUAUCUUUAGCUGCCGAAACGUUAUUGUGAAAUCUCAGAGCUGAAAGAUAUAGAUACAUAUUUUAAGUGUUGCACACAGAAAGUUCGUGCAUUAGCAUCUUUCUCUGUUAUGCUGUGGGCAUGUAGUUCAAAUAUUAAAAUCUUGACCUAUGUGCUGCACCAUAAAUAACAAUAAAACAAUGAACAGGGUGGUGGUACAAUGACCACUGCAACCAACACAAUCGACACCCGUGGUUUGAGCACUGAACCACUGUUAUAUCACAAGUGGACUCUUUAUUACUGCAUUUGCAAUUGUUCAAGAUAAAAUCUAUUUUGGAAAAAGAAGAAAUGAGCACUGAACCGCUGAUAUAUUACAAGCGAGCUCUUUAUUUACUGUGUUUGCUAUUGUUUAAGAUAAAACAUGGGACGCGGGUGGCACUGUGGGUAAAAGCCUUAGCGCCUAGGGCUUGCUGAUCGAAAGGUCGGCGGUUCGAAUCCCCGCGGCGGGGUGCGCUCCCGUUGCUUGGUCCCAGAGCCUGCCAACCUAGCAGUUCGAAAGCACCCCCGGGUGCAAGUAGAUAAAUAGGGACCGCUUACUGGCGGGAAGGUAAACGGCGUUUCCGUGUGCUGCGCUGGCUCGCCAGAUGCGGCUUUGUCACGCUGGCCACGUGACCCGGAAGUGUCUCCGGACAGUGCUGGCCCCUGGCCUCUUGAGUGAGAUGGGUGCACAACCCUAGAGUCUGUCAAGACUGGCCCGUACGGGCAGGGGUACCUUUACCUUUACUUUAAGAUAAAACAUAUUUGGGAAAGAAACUACUUUUGCCAUUUUUAUGUAUGUUUAUUGUUUGUUUACAGAGAGUUGCCUUGGUGAUAUUAUCUUGUGUUGAUUGCACCGUAAGGCAGGCAUGGCAACUACAAAUAAAGCAAACGGUAAUGGCUGCUUCUCUCUAAUUUGGAGAGAACUAGCUCUACGGAAUUUGGGUCCUGUCGCUACGGCGCAGCGGGGACCCCCAAAUAAAUCACAGGCGGGUGAAGCCUGUGAACGUGGGACUCAGCGGGCACCGUUUGCGCCCCCCCAAUUGCUAAAGGAGCUCGGCAACGGGCUCCGGAGCGGAGCGGGGGUGGCGUGGUGCUGUGAGCAAAUUGCUUCUUCCGUGGAGUGAAGCCGCGAAGCUGUUACCAGAGAGCUCUGCCUUUUUUCCUGGGACAAUUGGCACUGAAAACAACUACCCGUGAGUAGGAGUAAAUUGGAUUUAAAGGGGGGAAAAAAGUUAAUUUGGCACGAGCAGGGAAGGUACAAGCAGGAAGUCUACCUCCCCUGAAUUGUAAAUAGAUCAAAGCAAAGAGACUUCAAAGCAGAAACUCGGAAAGUCACUUAAAUGUGCUAAAUUCCAACAUCUUGAAAGUGGUUCCCCCUCCGGAUUGCAGGAGAGGAGGGGGAAAAAGACUGAGCUGAAUUUCCCUGCAGUAAAGAAGGGGAGAGGAAGGAAGAAUUCACAAUUUAAGAUUCAGAACGGACUGCCUUAAGAUAGAGGUCUAUAGUGAAAGCUUAUUUCUGACAGCCAAUUCUGCAAAAGUGAUACAGUGUUUCCGAACCUAUUUUGGCUUAAAAGUAACUGUUUAAAUGUAUUGAGACUGUGGACUUUGAAAGUAAAUUGGGGGAUUUAUAAAGACUAUUUUUGUUUCUAAAAAGUUACAAGUUCUGGCUGUUACUGUGUCCCCCUAGAGGAGAUUGGACAUUGUUACAACAAUAGUUACAAAGAGGAAAAUUCCACUCUAUGUCAAAACAAUUGGUUGACUGUGGGAGCAACCUUGAAUGUCUAUGAGACUGUUAUGGCAGAGGAUAAGAAGGCGGAAUCGCAGGCAAAAAUGACUAGGUCUGGCAGACAUUAUCGGAUAGAUACUGCGUUGCCGCGAAGGGCUCAACAUCUGGAGCAUCCGGAGCAUUAGGGGCCCCACUCCCACAGUCUAAAUCAAAAGUUAUGACGUCAGAAGAAGUUUUGGCACAGCCUCUGGCAAAAAUUAAUGAAUCUUUGGAAAGCCUAAGUAAACAGGUAACUGAGACAAAUAGACAAGUAGCAGAAACAAAUAGGCAAGUAGUUGAGACAAAUAGACAAGUUGUGGAAGCAUCAAAUAAAAUUGAUUUAAAUACUGCAAGUAUUAAUACCUUGGGACAGAAGGUGAAUGCCAACACAGAGACUAUCGAAAAAUUACUACAGGAAUCUGCCUUGAUUCGACAAACUGCCCAGGAAGCAAAAGAUAUUGCAAUUGCUACUCAGGAGAAAAUUCCACCUGUAUAUAAGAAAUUGGAGGACCAUGAUGUGACAUUUUCCAUGUUUGAAUUAAAAGAUAGACAGAGAAAUCUGAGAAUUAGGGCUGUUCCAGAGCGGGAGAAAGAUAAUUUGGCUGAUUUUCUUACAGAGGAAUUUACAGAUUUUUGGCAAUUGGACCCGGGGAAGGAAGAAUUUAAGAUAGUGAAUGCAUUUAGGCUCGGAAGAAGACAAGGCAAGGGCAAGGUGAGAGACUGUUUGAUUACCUUUCGAACAAAAGAAGAGAGAGAUAAAAUUCUGAAUUUGCACUAUCAAAAACUUUGGAAAUUGAUGACUCAAGACUAGUGAUUUUUAAGGACAUCCCAAAGCAUUUGCUGGACUUAAGGUCCAAUUACGGAGACCUAGUGACCUUAUUGAAAAGAAACAGAAUUCUUUUCAGGUGGGAAUUUCCGCAAGGCCUGUCCUUCAAAUAUAAAGGGAGAAAGAUAAAAAUAAAAUCAACUGAGGAAAAAGACAGAUUCUUGAAAGAUCACGAGGAAGAUCUACUGAAAGAAGGGAAUCUGAAGAAGAACCAAAAGGCAUACUAGACAUAUCAAAUUUAUCUUUUGGACUGCACGGUCCAGAAAAAGUGAUACUACCCACAGAACAAGAAGCGGCACUUGGGGCAGUUGGAGGUAAAGUGAAGUAGCCCCCAUCAUGGCUCUGCAACUAUUAAGCUGGAAUUGUAACGGUUUGAAUUCUCCGCGAAAAGGAAAAAGUGUGUUUCAUUUACCGUAUUUUUCGCUCCAUAGAACGCACUUUUUCCCCUCCAAAAAUGAAGGGGAAAUGUGUGUGCGUCCUAUGGAGCGAAUGCAGGCUUUCGCUGAAGCCUGGAGAGCGAAAGGCAUCGGUGCGCACCGACCCCUCUCGCUCUCCAGGCUUCAGGAAGCUAUCCGCAAGCCUUGCAAGCCCGGUGGGAGUUCCCGCGGGCUCACAAGGCUUGCAGGCAGCAGCCUGCAGCCCCGGCGAGUGUCCGCAAGCCUUGCGCGCCCGGCAGGAGGUCCCGCCGGCGCGCGAGGCUUGGGGCAGCAGCCUGUCGCCCGAAGCACGGGAGCCCUCCGGAGGGCUCCCGUGCUUCGAGCGAGUGUCUGCAAGCCUUGCGCGCCCGGCAGGAGGUCCCGCCGAGCGCGCAAGGCUUGGGGCGGCAGCCUGUCGCCCGAGCACGGGAGCCCUCCGGAGGGCUCCCGUGCUUCGGGCGAGUGUCUGCAAGCCUUGCGCGCCCGGCAGGAGUUCCCGCCGGCGCGCAAGGCUUGGGCGGCAGCCUGUCGCCCGAAGCACGGGGAGCCCUCCGGAGGGCUCCCGUGCUCGGGCGAGUGUCUGCAAGCCUUGCGCGCCCGGCAGGAGGUCCCGCCGGCGCGCAAGGCUUGGGGCUGCAGCUUGUCGCCCGAGCACGGGGAGCCCUCCGGAGGGCUCCCGUGCUUGGCGAGUGUCUGCAAGCCUUGCGCGCCCGGCAGGAGGUCCCGCCGGCGCGCAAGGCUUGGGGCUGCAGCCUGUCGCCCAAGCACGGGGAGCCCUCCGGAGGGCUCCCCGUGCUUCGGGCGAGUGUCUGCAAGCCUUGCGCGCCCGGCAGGAGGUCCCGCCGAGCGCGCGAGGCUUGGGGCGGUAGCCUGCAGCCCGAAGCACGCGAGGCUUGGGGCGGCAGCCGCAAGGGGGGGAAUAAUUUUUUUUAUUCAUUUCCCCCCCCCCAAAAAAACGAGGUGCGUCCUAUGGGCCGGUGCGUCCUAUAGAACGAAAAAUACGGUAUUAAAAAAAGAACAAUUGGACUUGAUUUGUCUACAAGAGACACAUAUAACAAGGGCACAUAGGAAGUUAUUGAUUAAUAAAAGAUUAGGACAGGAGUUUGUCUCAUCUGACAAAGUUAAAAAAGAGGAGUUGUGAUUUAUGCAAAGGAGAGACUUUUACCGAAAUUUAUCUUUAAAGAUGAUCAAGGAAGAUUUUUGGCAAUUGAAAUUCAACUACAAGGAGAGAAAUUCUUAAUCGUAGGAAUUUAUGCACCGAACGAGGGAAAUCUGAAUUCUAUAAAAAGUUGCAUGAGACUUUAUUGGAUCAUUUGGACUAUAAUUUGAUUUUGAUGGGGACAUGAAUGGAGUAGUAUCUACAAAUAUGGACAAGGCUCAAAGACAGGUAGUCACCAAGGAUGGUAGACUACCGAAAACAUUUUUGAGAUGACAGACAAUAUGGACUUAGUGGACAUCUGGAGGGUAAAGAACCCCUGGGAAGAGAAGGAACCUUUUUUCUGAAGCCAAGAUGACAUGGACUAGAAUUGACCAAAUAUGGAUAACUAGAGGAAUGGCACCAAAGAUAAAGAAGGUAGAAAUCUGCCCAAAAACUUGUUCCGACCAUAAUGCUGUAAGGAUGGAGAUGAAACAAACAACAACCGGAUCCUUUAGAUGGAGGAUGAAUGACACCUUAUUUAGAGAUGAAGAAGUUUACAAAAAGGCCCAAAAGACUUUGAGAGAUUAUUUUGAAAUAAAUAUGAAUACCAAUGUAGAAAAAGAGUAAUCUGGGACGCAAGCAAAGCUGUGAUGAGGGAUUUUGAUACAACAGAAUGCAAUAAAGAAGAGAAGUCAAAAUGAAAAGAAAGAUAAAAUCUUGGAAAAAAUAAAAGAAGGAGAGAAGAAAUUGAGAGCAAAACCAAAGUCCCAGGAGAUUUUGAGAGAAAUAAAAUUAUAUCAAGUACAAUAUAUGGAAAUGAUGAAUCAGGAAAUAGAAUGGAAAAUCAAACAAAUGAGACAAAAACAUUUGAAUCAGCUAAUAAAUGUGGAAAACUGUUGGCCUGGCAAAUGAAAAAAAGACAAAAAUUAAAUACUAUUAUAAAUUUAGAAGUGGAAGGAAAGAGUAUACAUAAUCCAAAUGAGAUUAGAAAUUGCUUCCAGAAGUACUUUAAACAAUUAUACACACAAGGGCCACAGAAGGAAAUGGACAUAGACCAAUUUUUGAAGACAAAUGGCCUACAAAAAUCUCUCAAGAAAGUAAAUUAAUGCUGAACUAUAAAAUAUCUGAACAGGAAGUAGAAGGUGCCAUACAAAAUAUGCAAUUGGGCAAAUCUCCAGGACCGGAUGGGCUGACUUCCAGAUACUAUAGAUCUUUGAAAGAGUGGUUACUGCAACCUUUGAAGGAAGUCUGCAAUGAAAUAUUGGAGGGGAAAAGGGCACCAGAAUCGUGGAAAGAGGCGUAUAUCACACUUAUACCGAAAACAGAGACUGAAAAGACUCAGCUUAAGAACUAUCGCCCUAUAUCGUUACUUAAUGUGGAUUACAAAAUUUUUGCAGACAUUUUGGCCAAGAGAUUGAAAAAAUAUUGAUGAAAGAGAUUCAUAAAGACCAAGCGGGCUUUCUCCCGGGAAGACACCUGUCUGAUAAUUUGAGGAAUAUAAUUGAUAUUUUGGAAAAAUUAGAAGUGAAUAUAAACACCAAAGCAGUAUUGAUAUUUGUUGACGCGGAGAAAGCUUUUGAUAAUAUCUCUUGGAGUUUUAUGAAGAAGAAUCUGCAUGGGAUGGGGGUAGGCCAAGGUUUUGAAAAUGGUAUAGGUGCAAUAUACUCUGAACAAAAGGCUAAAUUAAUUGUAAAUAAUGUGGUUACGGAAGAAUUUAAGAUAGAAAAGGGACACGACAGGGGUGCCCAAUUUCCCCACUGCUUUUAUAUCGGUCCUGGAGGUUUUGCUAAAUAUGAUUAGAAAGGACCGGUUGGUUAAGGGCAUACAGGUCGGAGCUAAACAGUACAAAUUGAGAGCAUUUGCAGAUGACCUAGUAUUGACGUUACAGGAGCCAGAAUCUAGUACUAAAAGAGUUUUAGAAUUAAUUCAGGAAUUUGGUCAGGUGGCAGGUUUUAAAUUGAACAAGUUAAAAACUAAGGUUUUAGAGAAAAACUUAACACCGAUUGAAAGAGAGAGGUUUCAGAAUGAGACAGGAUUGAAUGUGGUAAAGAAAGUGAAAUACUUGGGGAUUAAUAUGACAGCCAAAAAUGGGAACUUAUUUAAAGAUAAUUACGAAAAAUGUUGGACGGAAGUGAAAAAGGAUUUAGAAAUUUGGUCAAAUUUGAAACUCUCGUUGCUGGGCCGUAUUGCUGUGAUAAAGAUGAAUGUAUUGCCUAGAAUGUUGUUUUUGUUUCAGACAUUACAAAUUGUAGAUAAGAUGGACUGUUUCAAGAAGUGGCAGAGAGAUAUUUCUAGAUUUGUCUGGCAGGGCAAGAAGCCCAGAAUAAAAUUUAAGAUAUUAACUGACGCCAAGGAAAGAGGUGGAUUUGCCCUGCCAGACCUUAAACUUUAUUAUGAAUCAGCAGCUUUUUGCUGGCUGAAAGAAUGGCUACUUCUUGAAAACACAGACAUUUUGGAUUUAGAAGGUUUUAACAAUGUAUUUGGAUGGCAUGCAUAUUUAUGGUAUGAUAAGGUCAAAGCACACAAAGCAUUCAAAAAUCAUAUUGUUAGGAAAGCAUUGUUUAAUGUCUGGAUAAGAUACAAAGACUUAUUGGAAAAUAAAACCCCAAGGUGGCUGUCACCAAUGGAAGCAAAAGCUCUGAAAAGGCUCAAUAUGGAGGCCAAAUGGCCGACAUAUUGGGAAAUUUUGGAGCAAGAAGGAGAUAAAUUGAGACUGCAGAGUUUUGAAAAAUUAAAAAAUAAAGUGAGAGAUUGGCUCCACUACUAUCAGAUAAUGGAGGCAUAUAAUUUGGAUAAGAAAAUAGGCUUCCAAGUGGAAAAGUCAAAAUUAGAAACAGAAUUGUUAGAACCCAAAACUAAAAAUUUGUCAAGAAUGUAUAACUUGCUGUUGAAAUGGAAUACUCAGGAUGAAACGGUGAAAUCUGCUAUGAUUAAAUGGGCACAAGAUGUUGGACAUAAUAUUAUGUUCGCUGACUGGGAACAGUUAUGGACCACAGGUAUGAAGUUUACGGCAUGUAAUGCCUUAAGAGAGAAUAUUAUGAAAAUGAUAUACAGGUGGUACAUGACCCCAGUCAAGCUUGCAAAAAUUUAUCAUUUGCCCGAUAAUAAAUGUUGGAAAUGUAAAGAAACUGAAGGUACAUUCUUUCACCUUUGGUGGACGUGCCCAAAGAUUAAGGCUUUCUGGGAAAUGAUAUAUAAUGAACUGAAAAAGGUAUUUAAAUAUACCUUUCUGAAGAAACCAGAGGCCUUUCUCUUGGGCAUUGUCGGCCAACUGGUGCCAAAGAAGGACAGAACCUUUUUCAUGUAUGCUACAACAGCAGCAAGAAUACUUAUCGCAAAGUAUUGGAAGACACAAGAUCUACCCACUUUGGAAGAAUGGCAGAUGAAGGUGAUUGACUACAUGGAAUUGGCGGAAAUGACUGGCAGAAUCCGAGACCAGGGAGAAGAGUCGGUGAAAGAAGACUGGAAAAAAUUUAAGGACUAUUUACAGAAAUAUUGUAAAAUUAAGGAACUUUAGAAGGAUGUUGGAUAGAAAUUAAGAGGUUUUUAGCUGUAAUGCUUUAAGAGACAUGGAAAAAAAAGGUUAACAAUUGGGUAAAAGAUUAAUGGUAAGGAUUUGCUGAACCAACAAACUGAAUUGGAAUACAAAGAAGGGAGGUAUGAGGAGGUCUGGGGAAAUAAGAGUAAGGAAGAUAGGUUAUGGAACAUUAUUGUGUUUUUAACUGUUUUAUUUUGUAUGUUUUUUCUUACUUUUUACUUUUUUGCUGUAAUUUAUACUUUUUUCUUUGUUUUCUGUAUUUUUGUGAAACUUUAAUAAAUAUCAUUAAAAAAAACAAACAAAUAAAGCAAAGUGAUUGCCCAAUAGGAUUGGCAUGAGUUUUUUUUCAUUCAUCUUUUGCUUUAAUCUUUCCAGCCUAUUAAAAGGCAGAGAUGCAGAUGGUUUCCCAGUAUUUCAAGAGAAGCUCAUCCGAGAAUGCAUUCGAAAAUUUCCUUACUGUGAAGCAACCUUGCUCCAGCAGCUUGUGAGAAGCAUUGCCCCAGUUGAAAUUGUGAGUGUCUCUAGUUUAAUAGCUUCUCUUUCUUUGGCAGAACAUUUGAAAUCCCCAAGAUACAGCUUAAUGGGUACACUUGAUAUUUGCAGUUAUUCUGAAGAACUGUAUUUCAUACAGAAGAUGGAAGAUCUUUUUUAAUGAGUUUCCUUUAUAUUCUGAUAGCGUCUCUGAAUUCCCCAAUCCAGGAGCUAGAGUUCCUUCUUAGCUUUAUAGGAGAGGAGAGGAGGGGGUAUCAUGUGCUGCUGAGAAUAUAGGCAGAAACAUAAUCUUUCCUUUUCCAAAACCCUGACCGGGGUGUGGGGGAAUUUACCUCUUCUGCCACACUGAGCUUCAGAGGAGGCAGAAGCAGCAUAAGAGACAAUGUGCCUUUGUCCACUCUAAAGUCUACUGUAAUAGGAAUCCCCUCUUCCUUCUUCUCUUCUCAAAACACUACACAUGCCAGGAAACUCAGGCAUAAGUGGCAACAAGCCAAACCUUAUGCAUCCCUGAAUUGAUUUUCAUUCCCAAAUAAUCUCAGCGAUGUCACCACCAGUAUACCUUACGCUGGAAGGAUCAACAAAGUUAAAUCUUGGGAGAGUGGAAGAAUAAUUUCUCUGCUUCCCUCCAUAUGCCAGGCUAAGAUCUUGCAUUUAAGAGCAGUGCAACAGUACUAAAGUGUACAUUGAAAAUAUGCAGAUUCCCCCCCCCAUUAGUGUUGUAGCUGCAGGCUUCUCAUUGGCUGGGGGAGGGUGUAUGUUUGCAAUGACUUAACUGUCUAUCUUUUCCCCCAGGGUUCUGAUCCUACAGCUUUCUCUGUACUGACACAAGCAGUUACUGGCCAAGUGGGCUUUGUGGAUGCUGAGUUUUGUACAACAUGUGGGGGGAAAGGUGCAGCCAAAAGAUGUUCCGUAUGCAAAAUGGUAAGAAUCUGCAGGUAAAUACCACUGACUGAGAUUCCAGCAAGAGAUUUCAACUGUUCCUGUAUCUGGAGACUGUUCCUUUAUAGGAGCAGCAUAGAUGUUACAGGUGCUAGAUCUUGGAUCUCCUAAAGUGAAAGUGAGCAAUAGCUGUUCCUGGUUGCACAAGUCAACAGAAACAAACUAUUUGCUGUUGUUAAAAUAAGCCAGCCAUUGCAAGGUUUAGAUUUCCAGUUUUCCAUACAGAAAUGAAUGGGUGCCUUAUAGAACCUGGAUGAUUCAAAUGCAAGCCCAUCCUUUUUGUGCAUUGAGGCAUGGCUUGUUUCAUUCGCAGGUGAUCUACUGUGAUCAAGACUGCCAGAAAAUGCACUGGUUUACACACAAGAAAGUAUGCAAGACAUUAAAGGAAGCCCACGAGAAGCAGGAGUUGGAAGCUGCCAAAGCAAAGAAACAGCAAGAAGCAAAGCAAAAGAGAGGUUGGCACCCAUCAUUGUCAUUGCAACAGCUUUCAUGUUUGUGGCCAGAUUAGAGCAGAGAGGUUUUCAAAGCAAUGCUAGUAAUCAUGCAACACCUGACUACUCAGUGUUUUCUUAAACAACAGGUGGGGGAACAGUGGCAAUCCAGAUGUUGGACUCGCAACACUUAGCAGAUUAUUUUGUUUGUCAAGCAGGUUAUGAAUUUUCUAAACAAAAACAAAGCAUUGGCCAUGCUGGCUUUGGUUAAGGAUAAAUGAGGUUCAUUCCUCUUCCUCCAGAUCUGUUAGGAUUGCACUGUCAGUAAGGAACCCCUAACAACAUCUGUAUAGAAGUACAUCCUACAGAGUUAAGUGGGGAUUUCUCCCCGCUAAAUGGAGUUAGGAUUGCAGCCAUAGAAAUGCACAUCACAUGCACUCCCUAUUCUCAUGGAUUAGCAGCCACCCGCCCCCUAAACUCAAGGUACUGUUUCGGAACAGCUGAGCUUGCCUGUGCUCUGUAACAAGCAGCUGCUUUCUGAAGUUGCCCAUGGAAUCAUAGUUUAGUUAAUUUUGUUCUCUGAGCCAUUUAACUUCUAUUCCUGGUUUGAUUAGUUAUUACAAAAUAGCUUCUAAUACUACCGUUAGUUUCUGGGAUGAAGGAGCUGGUGUUGCUUGUGGGAGUAUUUAUUUAUUUAUUUAUUGCUGCGCAUUGCAAUAUAUGCAUUUCCCAUGUUUCUCCUCUAGAGGCAACACGUGCAGCAGAAUCUGCUUUAACAAGUGAAGAGCAGUCGGCCUCUGAACCAGGAGACAGUAAAGAAGAGGACCUCAAAUGCGUGGGAGAGAGAACUGAGGAGAUGGUUCCUAAGAAGGAGGCACUGUCCCCUCAGGAUGACAAGGCCCUUGAAGGAGAGACUAGUCUAGCAGACAUCACGGUUGAAAAAGCUCAUGAGUCUGAGGAGUAACAAACGCUGGAGAGCCCAAGGCUUUAUGGAGGAUUUCCUCUAGACCGCAACAUCGGGAUAUGCAGGUCAAUGGAAUGCAGUUCUAAUGCUCACUCUUGACAUAUGCUGUGAUCCAGCAUAUGUCAACGUAUUUGUCCUGUGUAACUACAUCACAUCAUCCUAGACUGUGAUGACAAGAGCUGAACCAUCUGAUCAAAACUAAGAGCAUACCCAUCUGCCUUCAUACCUGCACAAAGCGUAGAAGACUUAAAAGGUGUCUGAGAAGAAGGCCAUUUGCUAGCAAAAAUUUUAAAAAUAUCUUAGACUUCAGUGCAAUAAAGCGCUUGGUCAUGAUACUGUUAGAUCAUAAGGGAUGCAACCAUCUAAAAGUUAAGUUUUUCUGGCUACAGAUUUGGAAAGCCAGUACUGCUACCAGUCUGUUUUCAUUAAACAAAAUCCUGCUCAUCUAUGUUAGCUUAACUUCCUUGAACUUUCUCUUUCCACUUAAGUGGCUCAAUUAUUAAGAACACAUCAUAGCAUAAAAAUAUUAGUGUUCCCCAGGGAAAUAGGCUCACAGUGGCAUUUUGCUACACUUUUAUAAGAUACAUCAUGAUUUUGUUUGUAAUUAGCAUCACUAAUCUUUAAGUACUAAUAGGUAGAGCAUGAAAGGUCUGCUCCAGUUGGAUUGGGAGUGUGUGCAAAUGUAAGGAGGGAGGGUUGUUGACCGGGGUCCAGUUAUUCCAAAUACUUGCAAGCUUUAGGGGAGAGUAGUGGAAACACUGAAUCACAUACUGAGGUGUUGCAACCAAGUGUCCAUUUCCUACCAGAGAAGCAGGAUGAAAUUACACAUAAUGAGUUGUGUAAGGGAUUAGAAAUAAUAAUAAUAAUAAUAAUAAUAAUGUAUUAUUUAUACCCCACCCAUCUAACUGGGUUGCCCCAGCCACUCUAGGCAGCUUCCAACAAAAUAUAAAACCGCAGUAAAACAUCAAACAUUAAAACCACCCCUAUACAGAGCUGCUGUAUAUCUGAUCUUCUAAAAGUCAGAUACUUGAUUGUGUCCUUUACAUCUGAUGGAUGUCAAGGAAAUCUUAUGAAUUUGUAUAUUCAUAACUGUCAGUAAAGUUGGCCUAUUCAGUGGCUCUGAUCUUAAGACUAGGGCUCAACUAACUGGCAACAUUUGAACCUGCAAAUGGAAGUGCAUAUGGCUGAAUUCUCUUCCAUACUCCCCUCUAGCUAGAAAACUAGCAAGUCCUAUCUUCGUCUCCACCCACCCACCCAUUACAUGCCACUUUCUUCUUGGAGGAAGGAGCAUUCAGUCUGUCAGCCCAAAUGCACAGCAGCAUGCCUUUGGGCUCAUGAUAGUAUUUGGAGAUAAAGCUGUGCUAUAUUAUCCUCUGAAUUUACAGGGAAAGGAUGAAUAAAGUCUCCCCCAAAAGGCAUUAAGAGACAUCUCUUCUGGUCUGUUAACUAUAUACUUGGUAAAAAUGGCAGAAAGGCUUUUAUUCUCCUAUAUGCAGAUGUUAAUCACCAACAGAACAGUGGUCAGCUUACUGCCCCGUAAGUCAUAAUCAAGCUCCCUAAACAGCUACUCUGUUUCUUAGCUUUACAACCCCCAGAGAUUGUGACCUUAGGAAAUUAAAGCCUCUCCAAACUUGGCAAGUAGGCAUUAAAAAAAAGGGCAUGCUGCCAAGUUUAUUUUUCAUUUUUCAGCGUCUCAACUUAAACCUAUACGCAAAUCAGGAAUAUGGUUUACAGCAAACCAUGGUCAACUGCUCAAUAACCCAACUUCAAACCAUAGGCUUGUUUAACUAACAGAUGAUUUUUAUAGCUUUAAAUACCACCCCUUCAUACUAUGCAUUAAGUGCUAAAAUGGUAACGUAACUGGAUUUUUUUUCCUGCUUGAAAUUAUUUUAAUUGAUGUUUAAAGAGCAACAAUACCAAGAGCAGCAAAAGAAAUGUGUUGGGGUUUUUUAAAAGAGACAACUGUCGGAGAAAAGUCACAUUUAUCGAAACUUAAUUGUCAGUCUCUCUGGCCGUUUUUCUGGAUUGCUGCCGAGGCGUUUCUCUUCGCAGGUGGGCAUCUUCUCCCAGUCAACAGUGGCGAACUCCAUGACAGAUCGCCUCAUGGCCCUCACAAGUACAGCAUGUUCUGGGUUUUCAUACGGAAUCCUUCCAAAGAACCAAACAAAAAGCGGGGGGGGGGGGGGAGAAAGUAAAUGACCAGAUUUUUUCUCUCUUUUGCAACGAGAAAACUAAAGUUUAAAUGUGAAUGGAUUUGACACUAAUCUGGCACCCAAUGCAUAGUAAAUAUUUUUUAUGGUUUCUUUUGUACCACUUAGUCAAGAAGUAAAGCAAAGUCAGGGGAAACAGAAUGGGGGUGGUUUCGCUACAAAUAUUUAUCUGCAGCCCACCCCCACUUCCUAGCUGAGCAACAAGACUCUGCUGCUGUGCCCCACACUUUCCGCACAACUCAGCUGUUUCCCUACUGCUCCUCUGUGUGGGUGGAGGAAUGGCUUACAGGUGGGGCUGAGGUAUGUGUGAGAAUCCAUUCCUCAUGGGCGUGUACUCUCAAAAUGAAUGGACGUGGGGGUCUUACGGGGGUGGGGGAGAUAACCACCCACAUCUGCCUCUUCUCACACACAGAAACAUUUAUGAAUGGAAGGAAUCUUGUGUGGAGCCCCCUGGUGAAUGAGGAGUAGACAUGUAUCUACAGCCCCCCAACCUCUGCUUAGCUGAUGACAAGUGGGGAGGGAAGGGAGAUGAGACUACAGCAAUGCCCCCUUUCCCCUGCUGAUCAGCAAGAGGGGAUGCCACAAUUUGCAUAAAAUUAGAAAGCGGUCUGCAAGCAACCAUUUGUCUGCUUCUGAUCUACAGACAGAAAUAAACAGCAUUUUCUUGGAGAGUGUUGCAUAUUGACCAGAGAAUGUAAAAAAAUAAAUAAAUGCAUUUGAGAUGCACUUAUUCUACAAGGCCUGUUGGGAAAGGGGUGUUUUUAGUACUGACCACAAUUCCCUUUUUCAUUAGCAGAUUAUGUUCACCUCCAUGCACAGUAGGCAGUUACUACACACAUGGGGGCAAUGUGAAUGGAGUGGCUGGCUAACCUGUAUCUGCCAGCAGGGGACAACACUUCAAGCAUCUGAUGAAGUGGGCAUGAUGUAUUAGGGCAAAAUAAAUCUUUUGUUUUU